UGCGGGGUCGCCUGGAGUUCGGGGGGCGGGGCGUGUUCGCAGGCAGGCAGGCAGAACAAAGCGGGUUUUCAGCGUGAGCGCUUAGCCUAAGUUUUGGUUUUAAUCUUUUUAGAUAUGGAUUACAGCAAACCCAGAAACUUCAACCAGACUGUCACUUCGUUGAAGUUAUCAAAUGGGUACAUUCUCCCUGAAGGCAAGCUAACCCCCAAUGCUCUGUUUGUGGGUGGGAUCGACAUAAAGGUUGAUGAARCUGAAAUGCGGGACUUCUUUGCCAGAUAUGGUGCUGUAAAGGAGGUGAAAAUCAUCACAUAUCGUGGAGGGAUCUGCAAAGGUUAUGGUUUUGUGUACUUCAGUGAAGAUGUCAACAUUCAGUCAAUCAUUGAGCAACAGAUCAGUUUUAAAGGCCGCAAGCUGAAGCUGGGACCUGCAAUCAUGAAAGAAAGGAACUCACGUUCCAUGCCCUCGCGGCUAGUUGGACCAGCUCCUUGGAUGAGUCCCACCCAGUACAUCUACUGCACCUGCUGCUCACCCUUGGCCGGAGGGGUGACACAAUCCUCACCCAUCCUCAGUGGAGGCAGCCCCUAUAAUCAGCCAUACUCCUACACCAACUUUGGAGGGGUCGUAUUUCCACAGAUGCCAGUGAACUAUACACAGGGUCCGUAUGGYUAUCAGUACACCCCAAGUCCUUGGACUCCAGAUCAAAGAGUACGACCUGUCAAUCAGAACUUUGUCGACUGUGGAGUCCAGACUAUGCUGACUGUGCUGUAGUUCUCUGCUACUGAGCCCUCCUGCCAGUAUCUCCUCUCCCGUAGAUGAGGGCUGCAGUAGCUUCAACAAGUCAGAACACAGAYGAUGCCACCCUGAUGAUCUGGAUGGAUGGAAACAUCCCACCUUUUCCAAACAGUUCCAGAAAGCCCUUGUCCCCUUUAUCUCCCCCUCUGCCUCAGUUUUUGAGUCAUUUUAACAUCGGACUACAUGAGUUGAUCCCAACCACUUUACUCCACGGAUGAGGCUGAUUUGUGGUCAGCUGCUUUUAACUUACACGGAUCACAGUGACUAUUAGAGCACCUUGAUUAUACCAGACAACGCAUGGGAUCACUUUUUGUUUUUUUUUCUUAGUAGUCCUUUAGGCUUAUUUUGUGCUUAUUUAUUUUAUGUUUAUUUUUGCUGUUAUUUUGUGUGUGUUUGGUUGUGCCUUUUAUCCAUUAAAAGGGCUCUCUGUACAUAGGAAGUACAUUUAAAUAUGUAUGCUGCAAAGAUGACUGCAAUUUGGUUGUUUUUGUUUAUUUUUUGCACUGAAGUGUUGUGUUUUACUUUAGGUCUGAUGCUCCUCUGAUUAGGAUCUGUAUUAAUUGUCCUACCACAGCAUUUAUGACACCUUUCAUUCAUUUUCAGCACUCAGUUACUUUGUGUUUAUUUCACGAGUGUCACGGCAGUAAAUGAAAGGCAUCUUUAUUUCAGCACCUCGUUAAUAUUAGUAUUUUAUUUUUUCCAUCAUCUGAUUUCAGGAGUUCACAGUCAAAGAGAAUCACUGCAUCCUUUUACUAUUUUUCAUUAUUCGACUAAUAUUUGGAAGAUAAAAGAUGGAAAAUGAAGGUUUUGUUUCAAACUGAGGUGCUUUGUUCACAGGUUGUCGUUCACUAAAUAUUUCACUGGUUUGGAUUUUAGAAGCUUUUACACAAGGAUUUUAAGAACAUUUCAUGAAUGGGUGCACUUGAUGUGUUUUAUAUUUAAUUUUAACACUGGCUUGGCGUGAUGGAGACUACACACCAGCAUACGUCACUUUUUUUUUGUUUCCUUUUUGAACCUGCUUGAAUUCAGUCUUUUAUAAAACUCAGCCUUGAGGAAUCGGGCAUGAGUGUGUUGAAAUGUUCUGUUCAGAGAGCCUGCAAAACCCACUGUUCUGCAUGUUUUGUGUUGUUUGAGAAGUUUUCUUCAGUAAUAAAAAUUGAAUUCAUCUUUGUACCA